GUACAUCAACGAUAAAGCAACUAGAUUCAGUACACCGGGUCUUAAUAUCCAUUUAGCGCCUACUCCCAGCCUACCCUGGCAGAUAGUCUUUGAACCCUCAAAGCAACCAGCAUCUAGUCAUCAACCCCUGUCAAGAUGCCUCCUGCACAGGUCAAGUCUGAGCAGGAGGACAAUGGCCAGGAGUCUCCCGGAGUGCCUGCAAUCCAGCCCAACCCUGGCGGCACUACCUCCCAGGAUAGCGGCACCUCUCCAGGCUUUGGUUUUCCCAACGUCUUGAACACUCACCCCCUUCCAGUGAUUCACGAGACUGAGGAGUCUAAGUUCAACUUCCAAUCUCCUGGUCUUCAAGGUACAACUCUAGGAACUCAACCAUACUCCUUCUCUGAUCUUGGCAACCACGACAGCAACACCCUGUCCAACCCGUUUGAUGACCCAUUUGUCUCUGACUGGAUGUACUCCGCUCGACCCUCCAACAUGAACGCCAUGUCUCGCAACAUGUUGCCCUCCGCCCGCAUUACUCGCAGCCAGGGUCUAGGGGGCUCUGGAACCGGCGCCAGGCGUCCGUCCCAACCGCAAGGCCAGACGGGCAUCGCCACGAACCAGGCUGUGACUCGGGCAGCUCCUGAUGGCAUGGCAGGGAUCCAGGGCCAGGCUUCCAACCAGGGUCAAUUUCCCACCGUCGACCUCACGGGUAUGGACUACGCGAUCGGAAGCCCUAACUCCAUGGGCCUUUACGGUGGUACCAUGAACUCCAUCCUCAACCCAAACGCCUUCAUGUCGAGCGGCUACGAUCCUUUCUCCACCACCGGCGGAGACGCACAGCAGACCCCACAGGGCCAGGGUACCACGGACAUGAGCCAGAUCCCCAAGUUCGACCCUGAGCUGCUCUCCGCCAGCCCGGACUUCAUGAGUCCCGUCCAGUACGACAGCUUCGGAGAGGACGAGCAAGAGACCAAACCCGACCCCCGCCGCCUCCAAGCCGCCGAGGGCACUCCGACCCGCGCCCCGCGAGCCCGGCGAGCCCCGCGGACCCCAAUGGCUCCAGCCAACAUGUCCCCCGCCCCGGCGACCCCCAACGUCAACAGCCCAGGAGGCAGCGCCGUCGGGGCCCCGAGCAGCGGCGGCGGCGCCAGCGCCAGCGCCAGCGGCAACAACAGCACCGCCCGCCCCAGCCGCCCAGCGCACCAGGCGCACGUGCCCCCGAACCGGAUCGCAGAGGCCGGCCCGGUGCCCCACCCGGACCCGGAGUUCCGGCCCUACGGCACGAACCACUGGCACGUGUUCCUGACGGAGCCGACGCUGCUCAAGUACCUGUCGAGCACGGAGAUCAAGGACAUCCGCGAGCACUGCUUCGGCAUGGCGGGCAGGGCGACAGCGGCCAGCGGCGGGGGCGGGGGCGGGGGCGAGGGCGGCGACGACCAGCCGCUGCUGGUGCACGUCCCCGUGGCCGAGGGGUCCGCCUACACGACCGCCGACGCGCAGGCCGUCUGGAAGCACUGCGACGCCUACAUCCGCCGCCGCGGCCAGGUGCGCAACAACCAGGCGGCGCGGCGCAGCCGCAUGCGCAAGGACGCCGAGACGCGGUACUGGAAGGCGCUGGCGCUGCAGUUUGGCGCGCCCGACCACGACUUUGACUGGGGGCUUGUCGACGAGGAGGGGAACCUCCCUGCUAAUAUUCGCGCGCCGUCUGUCUCUGGUCCUACCCGCGCUGGUGGUGGUACUUCUGCGGAGGGCGGUGGUGGUCCGGCUACGCAGACCCGGGCGAGGGCGAGGGUCCAGAUGGCGCUGGCCCAGCAGCAGCAGCUUGGUGGUGGUGAUGGCGGUCUGGGUCAGGGCCAGCAGGGUGGUGGCGGCAGCGGCCAGGGGGGACAACAGCAGCAACAGGCGGCGAACCGACGCGCAUCUUCUUCCUCCGUUGUUGCGGCCAGUCCUGGCUUCGACUUCAACCAGCCGCUCGGCUUCGACGAGGACGACAAGGCCAACGUCGGCAACUUCGACCCCUUCACCGGCGAGUUCUGAUUUCCCAAGGUUGUCAAGUCGAGCCCGGAAGAAGGUUUACUGGGCCUAUGACGCUUACGAGAGGGCGGGGCAUCACGGCGAGUGAGGAUUGCCUUGAGAGGUAUGACAAGAUUCACACGAUGAGGAUUGACUUUUUUUUUGGAAGGAGGACCCGGACCGAUGUCUAUAUCUGCAUUAUUCGCUACCCCCGUCACAGCGGCGCGGCAGUCAACAC